GAGACUAUAAGAUGCUACUUUAUCAGAACCACAGCGAUCUCAGUGGUGGAAAUGUUGGACACACGGGGAGGGUCGACUUACAGAUGACAUUGACGCUAUGUAGAUGAGAACGGGGAUUUGUGGUCCGCGUAACAACCCUGGCCUGCUGAAGAUAGACGGUGUUACGAGGUGAAGCUGCUGCCUUUUCGUGGUGUUGUUCCCCCCCGCUCUGCUCUUCUCUGCUUGUCUCUCUCUCCUUCAGGCAUCACCAAGCUAACGGACAGCACCACUCACACCUAGUUCCUGCUUUCCUGCAAACUCACCUUUCCCAUCAGGAUCAUAGUUUAGUUUUGCUUAUCUAUCUCUAAAAAUAUUUGAUUUGUUCUGCCCGGUUAGAAGCUUCAAAGAACACAACGCACGGAUACUAUACCAUGUCCCACAAUUCUGGCUGGCACAGCAGUUUAAUUGUUGGCUUUUAACUUCAUCGGUGUUCCCUCUCCUUCUCCCGCUCCUUCACAUCCAACGGUCCAUCGGCUGGGUAACGAACCGCGAAGCUGCUCUCUACGUGGAUCAGUGGGGUUAAAAUCUUCCAACCGCCUGUCAGCCUUGCCAGGAAAUCUACACCUAAUCAGAGAGACAUGGCGACUAAUGGAACUAAAGCCUCGGAUGGACACGUUUUAACGGAGGUGAAUGCGGAGCCUAAUGACAAACCCAAAACCUUGGUCGUAAAAGUCCAGAAAAAGGAACUUCCCGAAAGAGAAAACUGGACUGGAAAAUUUGACUUUCUCCUGUCUUGCGUCGGGUACGCAAUUGGACUCGGAAAUGUCUGGAGAUUUCCUUAUCUAUGUGGGAAGAACGGAGGAGGGGCCUUCUUGAUUCCAUACUUUUUGACGCUCAUAUUUGCUGGCAUGCCCCUGUUUCUGCUCGAAACGUCCCUCGGUCAGUACACAUCGAUUGGAGGGCUUGGGGUGUGGAAACUGGCUCCCAUGUUUAAAGGUGUUGGUCUGGCGGCUGCAGUGCUUUCUUUCUGGCUAAAUAUUUAUUACAUUGUCAUCAUUUCCUGGGCCAUAUACUAUCUCUGGUCCUCCUUUACUUCUGAGUUGCCAUGGCAAUCAUGUGGAAAUUCUUGGAAUACAGAUCGCUGUUACACCAACUACAGCAUCCCGAACGCUGUCAACCUCACCAGCGCCGUUCAGGAAUUCUGGGAACGUAACAUGCACCAAUUGACGGAUGGUCUGGAGAAACCUGGGGAGAUCAGAGCGCCUCUAGCCAUCACGCUGGCCAUCGCUUGGGUCCUGGUUUAUUUCUGCAUCUGGAAAGGUGUCGCAUGGACCGGCAAGGUGGUGUACUUCUCAGCGACGUACCCCUACUUUAUGCUCUUCAUCCUCUUCUGCCGCGGCAUCACUCUGCCCGGAGCCAUCGAUGGAAUCCUCUUCUAUAUCACGCCCAACUUCGAGAAGCUCAAGGAAUCAGAGGUGUGGUUGGAUGCUGCCACUCAGAUCUUUUUCUCCUAUGGGCUAGGGCUGGGAUCACUGAUUGCUCUGGGAAGCUACAACCCAUUCAAUAAUAAUGUUUACAGAGAUUCUGUCAUUGUGUGCUGCAUCAACUCGUUCACCAGCAUGUUCGCUGGCUUAGUCAUCUUCUCCAUUGUGGGCUUCAUGGCCAACGUGACUAAGAGGCCUAUAAUAGAAGUAGCAGCCUCAGGUCCUGGCUUGGCGUUCUUGGCCUACCCUGAGGCAGUAACCCAGCUGCCUAUCUCUCCUCUCUGGGCGAUCCUUUUCUUCUCUAUGUUGCUCAUGCUGGGAAUAGACAGUCAGUUCUGUACAGUGGAGGGCUUCAUCACUGCGUUGGUGGAUGAGUUCCCCAGGGCUCUGAGAGGAAGAAGAGAACUCUUCAUCGCUGCCGUCUGCCUGGUCUCUUAUAUCAUCGGCCUGUCCAACAUCACACAGGGUGGGCUGUACGUGUUCAAGCUGUUUGACUACUAUUCAGCCAGCGGAAUGUGCCUGCUCUUCCUGGUCUUCUUCGAGUGUGUCUCCAUAUCCUGGUUCUACGGUGCUGAUAAGUUCCUUGCCAACAUUGAGGAGAUGAUUGGCUUUAGGCCCUGCCUGUGGUGGAAGCUGUGUUGGGUCGUGUUCACUCCUCUCAUCGUGGCUGGAGUGUUCCUGUUCAGUGCUGUCCAGAUGGUUCCUCUCACCAUGAACAACUACGUGUUCCCGGCCUGGGGCCAGGGAGUAGGCUGGUGCAUGGCGCUGUCCUCCAUGCUCCUGAUACCUGGAUACAUGGUCUAUAUGUUCCUCAACCUCAAGGGAGAUUACAAAGAGCGUCUGCGGAUAAUGAUCCAACCCCCGAUGAUGGUGAGAGGAGAACGCCAGGAGAACGGCCCUGAGCAGACACCGGCAGCAGCCACUGAGGAGGCUUACAUCUAAACCCUGUUCUAUUCAGCCUGUCUCCGAGGCCAACUCUUUGCAGAAAACAACGUAAUCAAGGUGAAGCACAACCAAGGGAUGCAUUCCCAAAUGGAAUCCUAUUCUAUAUAUAGUGCACUACUUUUGACCAGGGCCCAUAUGGACUACUACCUAAUAUAGGCCCUGGUUAAAAGUAGUGCACUAUAUAGGGAAUAGGGCAUCAUUUGGGACGCAGUUAAGACCUUCCAUGUCUGAUAUCUAAUCACCUACCUCCAGGGGAAACGUGACCAACCUGAUUACAUUUUACUUUUCAUUUAUUUUUCAUUUAUUUUUUUCAUUUGUUUUGUCAACAGAAAUAAGAAAGUCAAACAGCUGUUAUUGUGAUAGUUUUGUGUUUCAUAUGCAAACAUGUUAGUCUUUCUAAGAUUGUUUACCUAGAAAGUUACUAUAAUUUGAAUUAUAAUUUAAAUUUGGAGGCCCAAUGUGAUUCAACACUAACGUGCUAAUAUUGACUUAAUUCAUCUAUAAAAAAUGAAGUUAUUGUAAACCGAGCCGUAGCCAGGGUCUGGGUUUUAGUGCGUCUGGAAGGGGAGGGUGGGGUGGGGGGGGGGUGGGGUGCUAUUAGGAAUGACUUCAGUCGUUAUCACAUUGGUUAUUGUAGCUUCAUUCACCUCAGUGGAUCUACAAACACAUAGCCUGUUAGCCGUUUACAAUUAGCCGCGACACAUUAACUCACAUUAACUCAGCACCAGGAUUUAAAAAAUAUAAUGGAAUACGUACAGAGGUAUCUGACAGCAGAAAAAACUAUUUCAUUAACAAAAGUCAACAAAUAUAGUUUUUUUGUGCAUUUUUAUAGCUAAUUAAUGACCUGCAAUUCUACACAUUUAAGCCAUGUUGAUAUGAUAUCUGAGCGAGUGAGCAAAUAAAAUCAAUUGGGGCCCCCUGGUCAAGGCCCCUGGAGGUCAAGGCCCCCUGGAGGUCAAAGCCCCCUGGAGGUCAAGGCCCCCGGAGGUCAAGGCCCCCUGGAGGUCAAGGCCCCCUGGAGGUCAAGGCCCCUGGAGGUCAAGGCCCCCUGGGAAUGUGCCCUGCAUGCCCUGUCGGUAAUUCAGCCAUGAUUACUACACGUUUAGAUGACUAAAUAGACUAAUUAACCAAUCUAAAAAGGUUUAACUGAAUUGGGCUCAUUGAGUGACUGUCACACACAAAUAAAAUAUGCACAAACACACCGCUGUUUCCACCUAAUAGACUUGUUAUGGAUAUUAUGAUUAUAGAAUAGUGCACAUAAAAAUACACUUUUGCGUUCCAGUUUUCAUGUACCGAAUUUUAAACAAACAACUAACGUUUCCAUUGCAUUUUCAACUCUACCAAACAGUUUUGUCACAACAAAAAAAAAAAAAUGGUUGAGUUAAAUACAAAUACCAACGGCUGACAGAUGCAGUGUGGGGUAGGCUAAUCUACAUAACGAGAUUUAUUAUGGAUUAUAGCGAGAAUAUUUUUAUUUUGUCGAACAGCAGUCGAGCAUCGAUCAUCACGUCACCAGAAUAAGACCCCAGAUAUUUAUUAGAAAGGGAGCAUCAAGAUCAUCUUUCACCACCCAGUGAAGUUCAUCAUCCUUUAUUUGAUAUUCAGCCUAACAAACGGCAUGCUUUCCCGAGUCGUAGUGGGGAGGACCACACACCAUAUCAUCCAUCGCGUGACUCCAAAUUUACUUCAAUAGGAUGGUUAUUAUAUAAAUAUUUGAGCGUCAAAGUGAUUUCCACCCACCAUUUCUCACAAAACACAUUUUACAGACACAAAAAAACAUCCCACCAUGUCGAACGAAGAGAUGAUCUAUCGGCAUUGGACUGAAACUUCCUGUUUUCACCACACCUGAUUUAUUAUAUUUUUUUUACAUGGUAAGACAUUACUUGCAUAACAACCUUGGAUGGAGGCAUGGUUUACUGACACAUAACAAGAGAGAAACUGCUGAUGCACAACCGGGUUUCAGCAUUUCACCUCGUGUAUUCAACUAUUCUAAUUCUCAAAAGUAAUUUGAGACCCCAAAAAAAGAGUUUUAAAAAAUAAACAAAAUGUAAACAAAUAAAUAUCCAAUUUGAAAUCAUUAUUGAGGUUCGGACCUCGGUGUCCUCAUACGUUGCUCUGAUUGUGAAAAGGAAAGAUACACAUUAAAAUCCGUAUGAAAGAAAUACAGAAAAAAAAAAACAAUGUAUUAAAGUCGACAAAUUAAAGUUAAAUUAUAGUGGAAUUGAAUAUUGACCAAUCAUAAGUGAUGACCAUUAUGGGAAAGUGCAACCUGAAAGGCAAAUGUCCAUUUCUUUUAUAUAAUAUUAUCACAUACAUGUAUAUUAACCUUUGAAAAGCACAAGGCCGGUAUGGAUCUCAAACCAUCUGGCAUGACAUGACUGAAGUACCUGUUACAAUACAACGCAGAUUACCGUUACAUACGAGACUGUUGUAAUUGUAUCUUUGUUUUCUAAAGAACAAUAACUUUUUGUAUGUGUCCUAUAACUUGUUUUUAGAAUCCUCUGUAGGAUGUUUUUUUGUAUGUGAGAGUGAGACGGACCAAAAGCAUACGCUGGUGAGGAGGGAUUAGCGCAAAACACUACACGACAUGUGACAGUCUAGAUUUACAAACCGAAAUGAGAAGCAUCCCUCACGUGCCGUCGCUGCAGAGAACAGGGUACAAAAAUAAUUAAUACUACAGAAGCAGCAUUUGAGCAGUGAUUGUCUAACAACUCCUAAUAACCCAGAUAUACUGUUUUACUGCAAUCAUGUUUACCACAUUUAGUGUCCAACUCCUCAGGAACAGCCGUGAAAAGCGACCAAAUGAUCUACUGAAACUACCGUGAUGAGAGUUGUGAACGAAGACUUUCCUUCCUUACACCAGUCAGUUAGUCAGUCAUUCUAGUCGAAGCCAGAGCCAUGUAUUUAGAGAGAUGAGGUUUCUGCAAUAUGAUGCAUUAACAUAACACUACAACAUUCUACAACAGUCAUGUUAUAACCCCAUUAACAUGACACUACAACAUUCUAUUACAGCCAUGUUAGAACCUCAUUAACAUGACACUACAACAUUCUAUAGCAGCCAUGUUAGA